AUGAAUCCUAUCACCACAGCGAAUGCUGAAUUUUGCCUUGAUGUGUUCAAAGAGCUAAGCAGUAGCAAUGCGGGAGAAAAUAUCUUCUUUUCUCCACUCACUGUGUUCUAUGCUCUGAGCAUGCUCCUGCUGGGUGCCAGAGGCAAGAGUGCUGAACAAAUGGAAAAGGUGCUCCACUAUGACAACUUUUCAGAAUUCUUAAAACCAAAGAUGAAGGACUUUUAUGAGUGCAGCCAAGGUGGAAGGAAGUAUUCUGAAUUUGGAGCUCUGCUAUCCCAAAUCAACCAAAUGAAUUCCCUCAGCAUUGCCAACAGAAUCUAUGGGACGAGGACAAUCACAUUCCAUAAGCAAUAUUUAAGAUGUUCUGAGAGACUGUUCCAAGCCAAGUUGCAAACUGUUGAUUUUGAACUGUCUACAGAAGAGACAAGGAGAAGUAUUAAUACUUGGGUUGAGAAUAAAACUAAUGGAAAAGUCACAAACUUAUUUGGAAAGGGUACAAUUGAUCCCUCCUCUGUCAUGGUCCUAGUGAGUGCCAUAUAUUUCAAGGGACAAUGGAAAAAUAAAUUCGAGAAAAGAGAUACAGUAAAAGCUCCCUUUCACAUAAGUGUGGGUAAAAGUGCAGUUGUGGACAUGAUGUACCAGACUGGAACGUUUAAGCUGGCCUUCAUAAAGGAACCACAGAUGCAAGUCCUUGAGCUGCCCUAUGCCAACAACAAUCUAAGAAUGAUCAUCUUGCUUCCAGUAGGCACGGCGAAUGUAAACCAGAUAGAAAAACACCUGAACGUGAAGAUGCUUCAAGAGUGGACCAACUCUUCUAACAUGGUGGAGAGAGAAGUGGAUGUUCACAUUCCCAAAUUCAAUCUUGCAGUAAAAUAUGACCUAAACUCCCUAUUGAAAUCCCUAGGGAUGCGGGACAUCUUCAGCGUGGCCACAGCUGAUCUCUCUGGAAUGUCACCUGACAAAGGCCUAUAUUUAUCCAAGGUUGUUCACAAGUCCUACGUGGAUGUCAACGAGGAAGGCACUGAGGCAGCGGCGGCCACUGGGGAGAGUAUCGCUGUGAAGCGCCUCCCGGUCACAGUUCAGUUCACAGCAAAUUCUCCCUUCCUGUUCACUAUUCAGGAUAAGUCUGGCAAUAUUUUAUUUACUGGCAAGUUGGUUUCUCCGUAG